GCGCGCGCCGACCAAAUCCUGUGUUUCCACAGCAACAGAGGAGGAGUUUGCACUUCGACCCGUGACCACAUCGGCGGAAAUGAGGAACUAGGAAGUCGACUGCAGGGCUGAUGUGGGAAACCACACAUUUGUUUAAGAUGAUUUAGUGUCGCUUACAGCAACUUAUUAAUUUCCAUUCACCACAGAUACCGAUUGGCAUAAGCGGUCAUCCCACAUGCAGCGGCGACGCUAGCUUGUUCGAGAAAGAUGCGUCAGAGGUGACCUAAAUUGGAGCAGGGUGAAUGUGUGGGGUGUUUGCGGAGUGUAACGACAUCAUUACCUGUUCUGUUAAUCGAUGCAACUUUUGUAAUGACAUGAUGUUCUUUCCAUGCUGCUAAACAACUUUUGAUUUUUAUCUACUCUUGGUCACUCAUUUCCUGUGAUUAGAAGCUAAACACAAUGCCACAGCCAAAUUGAAGUAAUACACUUAUCAUUUCACACACACCAAAAUCCAUCAUUUUACACCUGAAGUCAUCAUGUCAUUGGGCGAACAGUCACAGAAGUGGUUUCCAACUCACGUCCAAGCCACUGUUCUUCAAGCCUCAGACCUGCAACCAAAGGGCAAGAAUGGCACCAACGAUGCCUACACCAUCAUCCAGCUGGGCAAAGAAAAGUACUCCACAUCAGUGGCGGAGAAGACCCUCAGCCCGGUGUGGAGGGAAGAGGCUUCAUUUGAACUGCCAGGGCUGCUGAUGGAGAGCAAUCCAGAGGUGUAUGAGCUGUGCCUCACAGUCAUGCACAGGUCCCUGGUUGGAUUGGAUAAGUUUCUGGGCCAAAAAAUCAUCAACUUAAAUGAGAUUUUUGACAACAAGGAACGGAGGAAAACUGACUGGUACACACUAGACUCACGGCCAGGUAAGAAGAGGAAAGACCGAGGCAAGAUUCAAGUUAGCAUCCAGUUCAUGCGGAACAACAUGACCGCCAGCAUGUUCGAUUUGUCUAUGCGAGACAAACCCAGAUCACCGUUCUCCAAGCUCAAGGAAAAGAUGAAGGGUCGCAAGCAUGAUGGUGCCUUCUCAGACACAUCUUCCGCCAUCCUUCCACGCUCAGGACAGAGUGAGACUGAUUCUCUGCCAGACAAGCACCCGCACCCUCACCCUCACCCUCAGGCUGCACCUGAACCCAAGCCAAAACGCUCGCUGCUCACUGGGACGCAGAAACUUUCUACUGCUCACUCCAUGUCUGAUCUGAUAGGAACUCACUUCAGGCCCAAACUCGACUCCAUGAACUCUAUUGAGGGCAAAGGGGUUGCUGCAUCUCACAGACACUCUCAGAGCGAUGGAUAUGGUUGCCCAACCAGCGACGUUCCAUGUGACCCCUUUUCCGACAUCGGAGACAACAUGCCCCAGAAAUUCGCCACUCUCCCACGCAACCGCAAUCCCUUCGAGGGAGAUCAGGGGAUGCUGUGGGGGGCAGAGAAGAGAGAGAAGAAGGAGAAAGUGGGUCUUCUGGGCAGAGUGACUGGGAAGAAGGAAGGAAAGAAAACAGCCGCUGGGACGCGUACAGGAAGCUCUGGAGACCUGCGAUCUCCAAACCCCUUUACCAGUGAAACCAACCCUUUCCUCUCACACUACAGAUCCAGUGACAACAUGAGAAAUCCCACUAGUACUGAGGACCUUACACAGAGAUUCAAAACCUCCCCUGAAAAGAAGCAUGAGCCUGAACAUCUGCAGACGAAUAUGGCGGCCUACAGCAAUCUCUCCUUUGAAGAAGUUGUGCAAGAGCUCAUCAAGCAUAAAGAGGUGGUGAGAAAGAAAGAUGCUCAUAUUCGGGAGCUGGAGGACUACAUUGAUAACCUGCUGGUCAGGGUAAUGGAAGAGACACCCAGCAUCCUGAGAACACCCUAUGAGCCCAAGAGAAAAGCUGGGAAGAUCUCAAAGAAGUAAAGGAUCUCCAAAGCAUAUUAUAAUUUUCUGGCAAAAUAUGUAUUGCUUGUAAAAGGACACUGGAAUCUCAUUUCUGACAGGCCAAGUGUAUUUGUUCACACACUGACAGAUUUCUUGCCAUAAAGUUAUUCUAGGUUUGCAAGAACAACCGGAUAUAUUGUGAAGAAAGAUGGGCACUAAAUGUGGCGAUGCCAAACCCCCCUUUCAGAUUUUUUCCAUGACUUUAUUUAGAUUUUUUUUAAAGAAUCUUUUGAGCUGUUGACUAAUACUUUGAGUAAAACGUUUUUGAAAAUCUUCACAAGCAGCCAUUCAUAGUUUAGAGUGGUGUUCUUGUGCGAGGAGACCAAUGUUAUGUUUUUACCGAAAAUAACUGUGUUUAAGU